GAUUUAGUGUCGAAUCUGGGUGAGUUAACAGUGGUGCCAGGUAUAGUCCUGGGGAGUGGCACUGCAUCCUCAGCUGGAGGUUUAACCACCCCUUCACAGACUACCUCCUCCAUCAACUCUGCCAGCAGCCCCUCUCAGUCAACCUUUCCAGCUUACCAUUAGACAAAGCCUGGGAACGCAUGAAUGAGGUAUUGGUGGGUUUGGAACGAAGUGUGUCAGGAGCGCGAGUACUCUUAGAGGAGCUGAGAGAGAGAACGCACCAAGAAACACUUGAUGUGCGGCAGAAGCUUUUGCAAGAGAAGGAGGAAGCUGUUACACAGGCAAAACUUGAGGCUCAGCUGUCUAACAUUGCCAAGUCAUCGGAGGGUUUUCUUGUCCAAGUGCGGGAGGAUGAUGGCAGCCAGUCGCUGCAGCCCAUAAUGCUAGAUUCUUUGAUCUCCAAUGUACCAAACCUUAAUGCAGCUCCUCCUAUUAAUGAUGUCAGAAAAAAAUGUGUUAACUGCAACCGUGAGAGUGAGUUAGAAUGUUCGGACUGUCACAACCGAGCGUACUGCAGUGAUUUUUGUCAAAGACGAGACUGGGCCAAUCAUCAGAGUGAGUGUGGAAGGUCAAGCCCCACACCAGAGGACCCACUGAGCACAGUCACACAGGCUCCUGGCUACAUCUUCAUGCUAUCAGAUUAAACACCAAAAAAAAUUUGUACAGUAUUACAGUUGAGGUUUGUUACUUAUUAUUAUGUUGAUAAUUAUGUAUCUUAUUGGUUUUCUUCUUACACAUUGAAAAAUAUUAAAUACUGAUGACAAAUUGUGGAAGAGAAUGGUUAAGUGUAUAGCAGUUAAAAAAAGCUUAUAAUUCAUACAAAUAUUACAAAUAAAUCUGUGUUCCAAUUUCAUAAGUGACUAAUGAAUAUGUUAUGUUACUAUAGGAUGAGAGAAAAGUUGGAUUUGACAUACAGUAUAUUGAAGGACCAAUAUAAGAAUUUUAAAAUCAUAUUCACACAAUUUUUAACUAUUAAACAAAUUAGUUAUUUAGAAAAAGAUGGUGAUAUCAUUAAGAUUAAGAACCCUUGCUUAUUCUGCAUGAUGAUUAAACAACAUAUUGCUAACCUGAUUAAACAUAACCUACACCCCCCAUUUAGCAGUCAGGUGUUUAAUCAUCAGGUAAAAUAAAUGAGAGGUUCCUAAACUUCAUGAAUCCUAAGAUGGUGUUAGAAUGAAUUUAUAAUGUGAUGACCAUUAAGGUCCCAGACUUGAUAGCACAGUAGUGAACAAAUUACAUGUCAGCUGGAUAAAUUAUCUUAAAGAGAGUGUAUGACAUUUUUAUCAUGCACCGUGGAGGUCAGUGCAAGAAAGUCUUGGAUCACACGAAGAUCAAGCACCCACACUUCUUUCACCGGAUGGUUAAACACCCUAAGGAUACUUAGGGGGUUAGGUUAGGGUGUUUAAUCAUCAGGUGAAAGAAGCAUAAGUUCCUAAUCUUCGUUUUUAAGGGAUUGUGAUUGUCAGUGAUAUUUAUAGAGGACAUAAUGUUCUUAUCUUUGAAGAAACCUUAAUAUAUCUCACAUUUUUAUAAGCAUUUGCACUGUGUAUGUUUUAUUGUAUAAUGGGAUUCCUCAUUCAGUGGUUCAUCCUCGGCCUUAUUACUCAAGUUUACUAGUAUUAACUAUUUAGCUCUUUUCUUAAGAACUUUAUCUUAGGUAAAAUGCCUCAUGCUGUUUGUAAUGAAUAUAGCAUAUUGAUUCACAUUUAUAGUCACCUGUGAGCUAGGUUUGCACAUCAUAGCAACUUGCACAUUUCAUAUAGUACAAAGUAAUUUUACAAAAGGAUGAGGACAAAGUGCAGAUAACUUGGCUCCUAAACUGUGUUAUAACAGUAAUCAGUUACCUGUAGUAUUACUGAAGAUAUAAUGAGGCAGUGUAAGAAAAUCACUUCCAUGUAUGAUAUUAAAAUCACAAAUUAACAAAUAACACUGUGAAUUUA